AAGCAAGCAAGCAAGCACUUGGCCUCUCAACCAACGGGGCGCGCACACGCACACUGCCAACGAGGCACCAAGAAGGCAGGAAGGGAUGGAGUACUGCUACCAGUACAACAGCGUCAGCAACGCGGAGAAGGAGAAGAGGCCGCCGCUGAGGAGGGGCGGCGUCAAGCUCCAGAUCGUGAAGACCCUCAGCAACCUCGUCGUGGCGCCCAGCAACGGCAGCGACUCCAAGCAAGCGGACCGCAACAGCUUCACAAGGGAGCGAAGCUACAACUGAAACGAACUGUAUCUUCAGUAUUUGGAUACAGAUGUCGACCUUGUGUCUGAAGAACUCCGCUUUGGGACUCGAGAGGUUUUCUUAGCUUGUUGGACUUCCUUGUUUGCUUGGUCCACUAGUGAUGAAAUGGAACUGUAUGAUAAGUUCGUUCCCGUCUGUGUUUUGUUUUGGAAAGGAAGCUUCUAUGGCUCAUACAUAGACAAGGACUAAACGGUAAGACGAGUCUUCUAAGUCUAAUUAGUCCUUACCUAGUUUAGUGAUUAACUAAGUUUGUAGGAACUAUGUGUGGCGCAAUAUGUAGCCUACGCAAUCAAAGUAAAAAAGUUAUAGCU